UGUACUGUGUCCCUUGGACACAGCAGAUCACUGAUCCACGGAAAGAGCCGAAGAUGUCGGCUCGGUCAUGUGAUCAGCUGUAUCCAAUCACAGCUGAUCACAUGAGACAUGUACACUGAUCAUCAGAGCACUGAUGAUCAGUGUGCCCUUAUGAUCAGUGUAGCCCCAGCAGUGCCACCUAUCAGUGCUCAUCAAUGCCACAUAUCAGUGCCCAUAUGAGCUGCCUUUCAGUGUCACCCAUCAGUGCCACCUAUCAAUGCCAAUCAGUGCCACCUAUCAGUGCCAGUCAGUGCCGCCUAUCAGUGCCAGUCAGUGCCGCCUAUCAGUGCCACCUAUCAGUGCCAGUCAGUGCUGCCUAUCAGUGCUGCCUUUCAGUGCCCAUCAGU